CUCUAUUAUUUCAUUUCUCAUCUCCUUAGGCCUCAAAGAUCCAAAGAAACUGCGAUGGUGAUGGAGACGGAGGCCAAAAUCAGCAUGUCCAAUUGGAAUUCGCAGACGAACUGGACCAUUGCUUCUGGUUCUCUUCAAGAUUGCAUCACCUUCGAAUCCUCACUGUCUUUGGCCAAUGAAGGUGGCGAUGAAGUAGGAGCGACCACUGUGGAUUCAACACUCAAAUCCUCUCUUAUCCUCUGUCCUUCUUCAGCUGAUUCUGGCCCUUGCGAGAUCAUGAUUAGUUUUGCACAAAAGCAUGAGGUCUUACAAGUUUAUGUUCGAAGUACAGCCCGAGUGUAUGAAAUUUACUGUGAACCUGAUGUGCAGAGUAGUAAUGAAUAUCUCUGCACUGUUCGCUGUGGCAUUGCUACUAGAGAUGGAGAAGUUCUUCAUGCACUAAAUGUCGAAGAAGUUGUUUCUUCACAUGUUAAGGGCUUUAACAAAGAGUUGUCUGAAGAAAAUAAUAGAAGUGAAGAUGACUGGGUUGAUGUAAAAAUUCCUGAUUCUUCUCUGUUGGAUGGGGGAAACCAUGGUUUGCAUACAAAAUCAUGCAUUAACUCAGCAAAAAGCAGUCAGGAUCUCUUUGAGGCUACUGCAGAGUUUUCUGAUGUAAAUCCUUGCAUGUCUGUCACACUUCGUUUGCUUUCACUCCAGAAUAAAGGCUGUAUUUGUAUUGAUGAGAUUUACGUGUUUGCUGAUCCUGUUGCUCUAGCUGAUUCUGAAAGACAAGAGAGUAAUGCAGAAAACUCAUCUGGCAGUUCUCUCAUGGCUAUGUUUCUUCCAACUUUGAUGCAAUUAUCAAAGACAACUGCUCUGAGCCACAUACAUGAGGAGCAUCCACCUGUUACAAAGGAAAAACAAUAUUUUCCAGAAGUUGAUUUGGGAAAAAGCCGUCCACGUGACUCUGUAAUUAACAUCCAGCUAGAAGGAAGAGCUAGCAAAACUGACCAUCAAGAAGGGGAGCUGCAAAAGGUGAAUGAAGAUAGUGGGGGCCCAUCUCAAUCAGACUUGCUCUUGCAAGAUGCUCCUUUUGAAAGCAAUCUUAUGACAACCUCCCAAGCCGAUAAAAUGGAGAACAAUCAGAGUGAAACACCCUCAAAAGCUGCCAAAAUAGAGAGCAAUUAUUGUGACUUACCCUCGGAAGCUACUACAAUAGAAAAAAAUCAUGGUGACUCUCUGGGUGUUAAUGUGGCAAAGGCACUGGAACAGCUUGUGUCUAGAAUGGACAGGAUGGAAGCAAUCUGUUUGGGCUUUCAAGAAAAAAUGCUAAUGCCCAUAAGCAGCAUUGAGGCUAGGCUUCAGCAAGUAGAGCAGCAACUUGAAACACUGACCAUCAAAUUACAUAAUUCUGGAUUGCCGCCAUGCUCUAGAAUUUAUGCUCCAGAUGGUUCCUGCAUUCAGUCAGAUGCCAACUCAUUUGGCAAUUGUCAUGGUAAUAAAGUCACUGGAGGAUUAAAACCUGACAAGAACGGUUCUCACAUUGAAGUACUAUGUGUCUCUCCUGAUGAUAUGUCUGAUUCAGCAAAUGCCACUCAAUUGCACCCUGGUCUUUUAGUUACAGCUCCUGAGUUUCUUGAUGCUGAGGAUGAAGAAGAAAGUAUAACAUCGGGAUUAGAAGCAACUUCAAACGAUAAACAGAGGCAGCAUUUGUCAAUUGAUGAUGCUGUAGCUUCUGCAUUAGCAGGAUUUUUAUCUUCUGUAUCUUCAGAAACUCCAAGGUAUACCAAAAGUCUAGUAGUCAGAGCCCCUGAAUUUAUAAAUGAAGAUGAUCAGGAAACUAAUGAUGCUUCACCUAGAACUUCGUAUGAGAUGGAGAAUAAUGAUGAUUCAACCCAUCUCAAAGACAGUAAGAGAAUUAAUUGCACACAAGAGUCAACUUCACACAGUGUUCAUCCAGAAAGAGGAGAAAAGGUGAACAGAGAUCCUAAUGAUGAAGCAUCGGAAGGGUUUGCCAGGGAAGCUGAAGAAUAUGGCCAACAUAAUGCUGCAGAAGAUGACCAGAAAGAGGUGGGCCUUGAAGCUGGCGUUCUAGCUGAGCAUAAUGCAGGAACAAGUUUCGAGCAUACUGUGGAGGAUAAGAAAAGCAGAAAUACCAGUGGUCAGAUAGAUGAUGGUUUGCCAUCCACAAGUGACAUUCCUAAGCCAUGUCAGACUGAUAGUGACUCUAGUGCUUCCACUGAGGGCGAAGUUUGUGUAAGCACUGACCAUACAGACACCAUAGCAACAAAAGUCCCAAAAAAAGCCUCUCAUGAAGAUAUUAUAGAGAAUAUUCUUGGAUUUUCCCGCAGCUCCUCUGUGGUGGAUUUCAAAACAUCUCUCUUAGAUGUAAAAUUCAUUUCGCAGGAACAUCAUGUUACCAAGCCUUUACUUGAAGCUCUUGUUGACACUCCAGAAAAGAGCUUUCAGGAUCAUCAUGUCGGGGGAAACAGUGAUGAACUUCCCAUUGACGAACAAUUUAAGACCAAUGAUAAUCUUUCAGUUGCAGAGCUGAAUAACUUAAUAGAUGUUGCAGAACAUGUGAAUCCAGCUACUGAUGGCCAUUUUUCAGUGGAUAAAGAUUAUUGUGCUUUCAUAAAUGUGCCUGUGGAGGUUGAGGGUGAUAAUCUGCAAGACGACCGUAAACGCAAACGCAAGGAGGAUGAAAUUGCUUCUUCAAGUCUCAUAUGAAGUAGGGUGAUAAUCUGUUCUUCUCUGUUUGUUUUGAAUCUAGUUUAUAAUCUGGGUAAUCGUUUGCAUGAACUUGCGUUUCUUGCAAUCUCCUUUUGAAUAUAUUCUCCUCUGUUAUUAGCAUGUCUUUUAUUUUUUUCUUUAUUUAGUUGUUUUUUCCUUGGGGUUACACAAGUCAAUAAUAGGAUGUUUGGGGGAAUUUUCUUAGCCGCUGCUGAUCUUAUUUAGUGUCUUUGUAAAUAUUAAACAGCCAAUGACAUCUUUAAUCUGAAUUCAGGAUUAUAGUUCAGUAUUUAUUCC